AUGGACGCGACGGCGGAGAUCCAGAAGGUGGCGAGCAUGCGCCUGGACAGCGGCUCCCGGUCCGGGUCCUCGGCGUGGUGGCGCGCGCCGGACGCCUUCUCGCGCUCCUCCUCGCGGAGGGGGGACGAGGACGACGAGGAGGCCCUGCGGUGGGCCGCGCUCGAGCGGCUGCCCACCUGCGACCGCGUCCGCCGCGCCAUCCUCCCGCUCGGCGCCGGCGGCGAGGGUGGCGAGGCGGGCGCGCACCAGAUGGUGGACGUGCUCGGCCUCGGCCCUGCCGAGCGCCGGGCGCUGCUGGAGCGCCUCGUGCGCGUCGCCGACGAGGACAACGAGCGCUUCCUGCUCAAGCUCAAGGAGCGCGUCGAGCGGGUCGGGAUCGACAUGCCCACGAUCGAGGUGCGGUUCGAGCACCUGAAGGCGGAGGCGGAGGUGCGCGUCGGCACCAGCGGCCUCCCCACCGUCCUCAACUCCAUCACCAACAAGCUCGAGGAGGUCGCCAGCGCGCUGCAGGUGCGCCGCAGCCGGAAGCAGGCCAUGCCCAUCCUCCACGACGUCAGCGGCAUCGUCAAGCCCCGCAGGAUGACCCUGCUGCUAGGCCCGCCCGGGUCAGGCAAAACCACCUUGUUGCUCGCCUUGGCCGGGAGGCUCGAUAAAGACCUCAAGGUUUCAGGCAAAGUGACCUACAAUGGGCAUGGGAUGGACGAGUUUGUGCCGGAGAGGACAGCAGCGUACAUCAGCCAGCAUGACCUUCACAUUGGGGAGAUGACUGUCAGGGAGACGCUUGAAUUCUCUGCACGCUGUCAAGGUGUUGGCAGUCGCUUCGAUAUGCUGACUGAGCUUUCACGGCGGGAGAAGGUGGGAAAUAUCAAGCCCGACGCCGAUAUCGACGCAUUCAUGAAGGCUUGCGCAGUGCGGGGACAAGAGGCUAAUGUGAUCUCUGAUUAUAUACUGAAGAUAUUAGGAUUAGAAAUAUGCGCAGACACGAUGGUGGGGGAUGAGAUGUUGAGGGGCAUUUCUGGUGGCCAACGGAAGCGUGUCACAACAGGUGAGAUGCUUGUUGGUCCAGCAAAUGCGCUGUUCAUGGAUGAAAUUUCGACUGGGCUUGACAGCUCGACUACAUUCCAGAUCAUAAAGUCACUUAGACAGGCUAUCCACAUCCUCGGUGGCACAGCCCUCAUCUCCUUGCUGCAACCUGCGCCUGAGACAUAUGACCUUUUUGAUGACAUCAUACUGCUCUCGGACGGGCAGAUUGUGUAUCAGGGGCCCCGAGAAAGCGUGCUCGAAUUCUUCUUGGCUCUUGGGUUCAAGUGCCCUGAGAGGAAGGGCGUGGCUGACUUCUUGCAAGAAGUUACUUCCAGGAAAGAUCAGAAGCAGUACUGGGCGCGGCACGACAAACCAUACCAAUAUGUGUCGGUUAAGGAAUUUGCAUGCGCAUUCCAGUCUUUCCAUGCUGGGAGAGCUGUAGCAAACGAGCUAGCCGUUCCUUUUGACAAGAGGAAGAACCAUCCCGCUGCUCUGACCACCUCGAGGUAUGGUGUCAGUGCCAGGGAGCUGUUGAAAGCAAACGUCGACCGGGAAAUCUUGCUUAUGAAGAGGAAUUCCUUCGUCUACAUCUUCAGAACUUUGCAGAUGAUGAUGGUGUCCACCAUGGCAAUGACUCUGUUCUUCCGAACAAAGAUGCACCGUGACUCAGUGACUGAUGGGGGUAUCUACCUGGGCGCACUUUUCUUUGCGGUGAUGAUGAUCAUGUUCAAUGGAUUGUCUGAACUUGCACUCACCAUCAUUAAGCUGCCAGUGUUCUUCAAGCAGAGAGAUCUCCUAUUCUUUCCUGCAUGGGCCUACACCAUACCCACAUGGGUCCUCAAGAUUCCAAUCUCAUUUGUUGAGGUUGGCGGGUUUGUUUUCAUGGCUUACUAUGUCAUUGGGUUUGACCCAAAUGUAGGCAGGUUCUUCAAGCAGUAUCUCCUUUUGCUAGCAGUCAACCAGAUGGCAGCAUCACUCUUCCGAUUUGUUGGUGGGGCAGCAAGGAACAUGAUUGUUGCAAACGUCUUUGGAUCAUUCAUGCUGCUAAUCUUUAUGGUGUUGGGCGGAUAUAUUCUAGUAAGAGAUAAAGUGAAGAAGUGGUGGAUAUGGGGCUACUGGAUCUCCCCGUUGAUGUAUGCGCAGAAUGCUAUAUCAGUAAAUGAGAUGUUGGGGCACAGCUGGAACAAAAUUUUGAAUAGCUCUGUGUCAAAUGAGACCCUAGGUGUGCAAUCCCUCAGGUCCCGUGGAGUCUUCCCAGAAGCAAAGUGGUACUGGAUCGGCUUAGGCGCAUUGCUUGGAUUUGUAAUGCUCUUCAAUUGUCUCUUCACACUUGCACUGGCAUACCUGAAGCCAUAUGGUAAGUCCCAUCCAUCGAUAUCUGAAGAGGAACUGAAGGAGAAGUAUGCAAACCUCAACGGAAAUGCUCUGGCUGAAGAUAGCUUGGCACUGGGAAGUACCCAUCGAGCAACAGUGGGUAUCACUGGAUCUGGUUCAGCAACUGCUGAAAAUCAUUCUUGCACCACACAAAGGGGUAUGGUCCUUCCGUUUGCCCCGCUUUCGCUCGCUUUCAACGACAUCAAGUAUUUUGUUGACAUGCCACAGGAAAUGAAAACACAUGGUGUUGUCGAGGACCGGUUAGAGCUUCUCAAAGGUGUCAGCGGAUCUUUCAGACCAGGAGUGCUGACCGCACUGAUGGGUGUCAGUGGUGCUGGCAAGACAACUCUAAUGGAUGUGUUGGCUGGCAGAAAAACCAAUGGUUACAUUGAAGGAAACAUCAGCAUUUCAGGAUACCCAAAGAAACAAGAGACCUUUGCACGUGUAUCGGGAUAUUGUGAACAGAACGAUAUCCACUCACCGCAGGUGACAGUCUAUGAGUCGCUUCUUUUCUCAGCGUGGCUCCGCCUUCCUAUGGAUGUAGAUUCAAACACUAGAAAGAUGUUCAUUGAGGAGGUCAUGGAGCUUGUGGAGCUAAAGCCGUUGAGAAAUGCUUUGGUGGGACUUCCUGGUGUGAAUGGUCUGUCAACUGAGCAGAGGAAAAGGUUGACCAUUGCUGUAGAGCUGGUUGCAAACCCCUCAAUCAUUUUUAUGGAUGAGCCAACCUCUGGCCUUGAUGCCCGGGCAGCUGCAAUUGUUAUGAGGACUGUGAGGAACACUGUUGAUACAGGUAGAACUGUGGUCUGCACAAUUCAUCAGCCUAGCAUUGACAUAUUUGAAGCAUUCGAUGAGCUUUUCCUUAUGAAGCGAGGAGGAGAAGAGAUCUAUGUUGGUCCACUAGGCCAUCAUUCUUCAGAGCUGAUUAAGUAUUUUGAGGGAAUUCAAGGAGUCAGGAAAAUUAAAGACGGCUACAAUCCAGCAACAUGGAUGUUAGAAGUAACAACAGUCUCUCAAGAACAGACACUAGGUGUUGAUUUCAGCGACCUAUACAAGAAAUCUGAACUCUACCAGUGA